AUGCCAUCCUCCUUAAUCACGUCCGCAGUCGUCCACCAAGACAGAAUGCACACUCUGGGCAAUCAGAUUGGCUACAAGGCACGCAACAUGACGAUGCUUGGACAGCCCACCAUUGAUAUCAGCCUUCAUGCAGACAGAGACCACCAAUCCAAGUUUAUCAUGAGCUACUCCUCCAUGGAUACUAUUGAUGGCACUGUAACAAUUACUGCGCAGCACGACACGCGCUUUGAGGACAUUGACAUUAGCUUUACCGGCACCAGUCAAGUAUACGUAGAUAGGAUGACGUCUACGCCGACUAUGACGGGACGGACAGAGGCGAAGCACCGGUUCUUGACUCUUAGACAGCCUAUAGACAAAUCCAUCUUCCCAGAUCCAAGAAUCUUCGAGGCGGGCAGAGCAUAUCAGAUCCCGUUUACCUUCACCGUCCCAUCGCAAUUGCUGCCAAGAGCCUGCUCACACGACGUUGUCUCUGACCACAUCCGCGACACACACCUACAGCUCCCACCUAGCAUCGGAGAUGCUGACCUUGCUGGUUUCGGCAGUACGUUGCUCGAUGAUUUAGCGCCAGAUAUGUCCAAGAUCACCUACGGCAUCCAAGUCAAGAUUGCCCAUAUCCGCGGGUCCGAAGGCAUUUCUGUGCUUGCUGAGAAGAUCAAAAAGGUUCGCGUCAAGCCCGCAUUUCCCGAGCAGCCACCUCUCAACAUAGACAACAGUCCAGACUACCGACAGAGACAGGAAAGGACUGUAAAGAAAGGGCUCUUCAAAGGAAAGCUAGGAAAGUUAUCGGCCAGAACUGUCCAACCCUCACCUCUCGUUAUUCCAGGCGCCCGUUCAACAGAGGGUAAAUUAAUUACGACAAUGGCCAAAUUGAUCCUCCGCUUCGAUCCAGCCGAAGAGACCAAUCUUCCGCCUAAGCUAGGCUCACUGUCGACAAAACUCAAGGUGUCGACCUUUUACGCCUCAGCUGCACGAAAAUGCAUGCCCACACGAUCAUCCCUCGCAUACGACCUAUCCCAAGGCCUUUAUUCAGAAUACGUGCCACUAUCCACUCUCUGCAUUGCAUCCGCUCAAUGGACAAAGCACGGUGCUGAGUCUAACCCACCGCCAGCAAGCUUUCUACGACGCGACUCGGGCAUUAGCGACUGUUCCACAAACAGUGAGUGCGAAGAAGCUUUUGCGAAUGGCAUUCUUCCGGGGUCGAGCGCCUACAAUCAAGGCGUCUUUUAUACGACUCAAGUCCUGGUUCCCAUCACCCUACCCAUGACACGCAACUUCAUCCCGACCUUCCACUCCUGCCUAAUCUCACGCAUUUACGCUCUCACAUUGCAAUUUUCAGUCCACAGCAGCUUGAGCAUGAGCCUCAAGGUCCCAAUCCAAAUCUGCGCGCAAGGCAGCGACACAGGUAUCGAGAAUGCCCGCGCGCGCAGUGUGGAGGAAAGCGCAUUCCGAUCAGCUGCCGAUGUGUUGGCGCCACGCAGCAUUGCACCUCCAUCGAGCUCAGAAGCCAGUCGCAGCUCCAGUUUUGCAACAAGAGAGGAUCUGCCACCGGACUAUUCGGCUUUUGCACCACCAGCCGUGAGGUAUAGCGUGAGCCACUCUGUUAUCGUUUGA